AUGGCAGCCGUCAGGUUCCAGACAGGAUGGCGGCGAUUCGUCCCGGCGGUCGGCUAUCACCAUGUGCUGAUGAUCCUUAUCGCAAUCGCCAUCAUCCUUCUCUCAUUACUGUUAGCCGGCUGCUCGUCGACAUCUGUACUCAUACCCGACAUUUACCUCAUCUCUCUCUACUACCAACAGUACCCGCCCGUUUUCUCGCCGGUACAGGUCGACCCAGGUGUCACGACAGCUAUUGCCAACAUCGUUGGAAAUGCCGAUCUUAAUGUCCGCGUGGGCUACUUCGGUAUCUGCAUACAAGCUGGUGGUGGAGGAUGGAUGUGCAAUCAGAAUGCCACGGCGCUAGCUGAUCUUGUCAGCGUCAACACCGAUCCUCUCAACCUGAUCUGGGUAGCCAGCACGUUCAAGGACGCCAUCGUGUUUCCGUACCUGCUCAUCAUCGCCAUCGUGCUGGCAUUUCUCACCUUCAUCCUCCUCAUGACCUUCCCGGGCUGGCACACCACCACAAGCUCCGACGGUUCAGAGCAUGAAGUCAAGCCAUUCCCCUCAAGAGCCGUGUCACAAGUCGCUCUCGCCACUAUCUUCAUCGCAUCAGUGUUCGUAUUGGUGUCAGUGAUGUGGCAGCACACAGCGGCUGUGGCGGCAAGUACAAUCGCCCAGGAUCUAGGAAACGGAAGUGUGAAAUCUGGAGUCGGAACCGCCGCAAUGGUGCUGGGUUGGUUCGGUUUUGGACUAUUGGUGGUGGUCACGCUAGGAUUGCUGGUCAUGAUAUUAAGUAUCCAAUUAUUGGACCGACUAACGGAUGAGGUAUGA